CGGAACUGUAAAACCGUCUCAUCCCACUCCCGCGCGCGGGCAGAUUUACAGCGCACUUCAGCCGCACGAGACAAACAGCAGCAAUUAUCUCGCGGGAAAGAAAGAGAGAAAGAGCGCGCGACACCAAACAUACGGCAGAUCGGCGACGCGAGCUCUGAGAACAAACAAGCUGAGCUUUCAUAGUCCAUAGUAAUUUCUGGCUCAAGGAGGAGGAGGAGGAAUAAAGAAGACACUGACAUCUCCAGCAAAUGUGAAGCUUGAGGCGCAUUGUGAUAUGGAGCUGCGAAGGUUUUCAUGGUGCGGUUGAGGACGUUUACAGGAACAGCGUUUAUACGGCACUUCAUGUUAUGGACCUUUUCUGACAGGUCAUUUCUUCAGCCGACGUUUUUUUUUGAAUAGGACUACGUGUUGAAAAGGACUUUUGGUCGCCUCAACAAGUUUUUUUCUGCUCUGAAUGACUAUAUGAGAUCUCCGAGCUUGUCUUUUCCAUCAUCUUUAAGGAACUGUUUAUGAAUGGUCGUUCAGGAUGUUGGUUACUCUACAAAAGAGGAUAUAAAAACGGAACAUUUUUCUUUUAUCAAGAAUUCGUCUUAAGAGCGUGAGACAAUACGUGUUACCACACCGCAUUUGUUGUUUUCCCAACUAAUUCUCGUAUAAGACGCCAAAAGUCGUCGAAAGUCACUUCACGGAUUCUGUAACAGUUCGUUUAAAACUCUUCAUAAGGCUCGUGCACGUCUCGUUCAAGCAUCGUCACUUCUGCAGAUGUGGUCAGGUUCAAUUUUAACCAUCGUGUAGGGUGUUGAUGGAGAGCCUUUCGAAUGACAGCCGGGACAGUGGUAAUCACAGGUGGAAUUCUAGCUACAGUAAUCUUACUGUGCAUUAUCGCUGUACUGUGUUACUGUAGGCUGCAGUACUAUUGCUGUAAGAAGGAGGAGUCGGAGUCAGAGGAGGAGGAGCCUGACUUCGCUGUCACGUCUCGAAUGCCGCCAGUACAUUCAAACCACAACAUCCUGGCCGCCGCGGUUCCUACUGCAACCACCCCUAAUGGCCCUGCCCUCUUCACCCCCCCGCCGGCACGAAAACUGACCCGCUCACAGACAUACUGUCCAUCCUGCACACAUUACGACCUGCCGUUUUACCUGCAGCAGCCAGAUGGCCUGCGAAAUGGCGGUGAGCGCAUUAGCUACCGCGGAAUGCAUCAACAGGAUUUGGGUCUGCCCACUCCGCUGCCUGUCCAGUUGCCCACCCCUAUACCCACCCCACUGCACAGCCAGCUGCCGACGCCACUACCCAACUACCACAAACUAAACCUCAGCCGCUCGGUCACCAUGAGAGAGAUGUUCACACGAAGCUGCAGCAUUAGCACUGAUGUGUAGCUAGCAGGUAUACUAACAGCUAACUGAAACUUUAGAAACAAUUCCUAGAGUGCCGAGCAUUCAGAAAGACGGCCCAGUGUGUUCAGGAACUAUAAAGGCAAAAAUGGGGUGAAAAACAGAGAUUUGGAGAACCUCCUCAUCACUUGACCUCAGCUUCACUCCUGAAUCCCUUUUUCUGUCUUCAGUAACUGGAAAGAAGAUUCACAAUGGGACACCGGUUUUUAUGCUCUCCUUACAUUUUUCUGAAAAGACGCACCAAUACACAGAUACACUGGCAUCUUUUUCAGUAUACGGUGUGAAAUGAAUCUUUUGUAAGUUUCAUGUAGCUCGAAAAAUAUUAGCGGAAUAUUAAGUGAUUUAGCCAACGAUUUUGUUUUAUCAAACAUAUAAUGAAAAGCCUUAAGCAGGCUUGCAAUAAAACUGCUAGAUCGAAGUGUGCCAUCAGCAGACAACAAUAUGAUGUAAGCGUUCGAUUAUUGAGGUAACAUAUGGGAUGAGAGGCAUUAUUUUAUACUGAAGUAAUUAGUUUACAUGUGUGAUUCUAUAUAUUGAUAGAUGUUUCCACAAUUGCAAACUGUUUAUUCUUUUAGAUGUUUAAAUGAUUUGUUCAACCCAUGAUCAUUCUGAAAACGUACCUCUAUAUACAUUUCUGGAGUACCCCACAUACCUCCCAGGAGCUAUGUUUUUUUGCAGUUUUUGCGAAUCCACCAGAGGCCACUGAGAUCUCAAAUUUCUCUCGCGAAUGCCAUUCGCACCUGUUGUUCUCAUGUAAAUCCACUAGAGGCCGCUGUGAACGCUUUUUGAGAUCUCAAAUUUCUGUCGCGAGUGCCAUUCGCACCUGUUGUUCUGGCGUAAAUCCACUAGAGGCCGCUGUGAACGCUUUUUGAGAUCUCAAAUUUCUGUCACGGAUGCCAUUCGCACCUGUUGUUCUGGCGUAAAUCCACUAGAGGCCCCUGUGAACACUUUUUGAGAUAUCAAAUUUCUGUCGCGAGUGCCAUUCGCACCUGUUGUUCUGGCGUAAAUCCACUAGAGGCCGCUGUGAACGCUUUUUGAGAUCUCAAAUUUCUGUCGCGAGUGCCAUUCGCACCUGUUGUUCUGGCGUAAAUCCACUAGAGGCCCCUGUGAACACUUUUUGAGAUAUCAAAUUUCUGUCGCGAGUGCCGUUCGCACCUGUUGUUCUCGUGUAAAUCCACCAGAGGCCGCUGUCGACUGACUGUUUGACUGACUGAAUGAAUGACUGACUAACCGAUCGACUGAUCCACCCUCCUCCUUCCCUUAACCCAACCAAUAGUAUUUUCAAAAGCACCGGUUUACCCGCCCACCCACUUCCCUAAACCCAACCGACAGUUUAAAAAAGCAAUGCGGAAAAAGAAAAGCCCUAGCCUGAUUUUUACCACGUUUUCAGAUUUUACCACAUUCUCACCCUGUUAUUUACUUGUUUAUUUAAUUUUUUUGGAUUCUUUUUUUGUCUUAACUGCUUUCUGAAACCAUUCUUCACUGGACUUGAACUCUGUAGUUGUGGUCAAACCCUUUCUGCGUGUCAAGUCCACCAACGUACAUGGCGAGCUACUGAACAACUGGUAAUAGUGGGAAAGGCGUCAAUACGGAGGUAAACGGUCAAUUGUAAGUGAGAAAAGAAACAGCGUAAUACCGCCCCCUAGCAUUCGUUUUAAAAACGAAAUGCAGCCAUACGUACCUCUGGCUACAUAAUUCACAAUUUCCAGAAACGUAUAUAGGGCUACGUUUUCAGAAUGAGCCUAUGGUGGACUUGUUCUUAUUUAUCUAAAAAGGGACACAUGUUUGUUUUACUGUUUUAUUUUACAAACCUGGAUGUGAGACAGAGACGAAGAAUGCGGAUUCUUGAAUUCAAGGGCUACAUUUGCUCUUUCUAAACGCUGCUUGUUGGACUAUGAACAGAACAUCUUCUGCCUGAAGGCUUUUCUUUUCUAUCUCUUUCUCUCUACAUGCUUACAGAGGCAUCAAUUAGCCUAUUUUUCUGCGUUGUUAAUGUGAAAACAAGUGGGGCGUUACACUAACUUUCUUCUUUUUAAUAAUGGCGGUUAUUAUGAAGAAUAUUUGUUCUGUUUCUAGCCUGUCUGAAAGUGGUAUUUAUCUCUCGCUGGGUGUGUAGCCGCACAUUACAGGUGACUUUGUGAUCACCACGUGGUUGUGUUGUGAUUUCGGAUUUCUCUCCUAGCUCUUCUUUCACUCAUCGGGACCUGUUUCAAUCUCACGCUGUCUCUCUUAUGUGCGCACAUACACGUUCAGUGCCUGUUAAUACCAACUCUAUUAUUAUUAUUAUUAUUAUUAUUAUUAUUAUUAUUAUUAUUAUUAUUAUUAUUAUUAUUAUUAUUAUUUCUGACUUGUUUUGCAUCACUGCUUUAUCACAGUAUUUUUGUUUCAUACAUAGGUAAAUAAUAUUGUUUCAUGUUCUAAAGUGAUGCCGAAAUUGUUCCUGUAAUU